CUGGAGGAAUUGAAAAGACUGGGACAAAAUUAGAUUGGAGGAAGAAGAAAUUAAACUGGAGGAAUUGAAAAGACUGGGACAAAAUUAGAUUGGAGGAAGAAGAAAUUAAACUGGAGGAAUUGAAGAGGAAGGAUAAAAUAAGGCUGGAGGAAUUGAAGAGGAAGGGAAAAGAAGGCUGGAGGAAUUGAAGAGAAAGGGAAAAGAAGGCUGGAGGAAUUGAAGAGAAAGGGAAAAUUAGACCAGAGAAAUUGAAGAGGAAGGGAAAAAGAAGUCUGGAGGAAUUGAAGAGGAAGGGAAAAGAAGGCUGGAGGAAUUGAAGAGAAAGGGAAAAGAAGGCUGGAGCAAUUGAAGAGAAGGGGAAAAUUAGACCAGAGAAAUUGAAGAGGAAGGGAAAAGAAGUCUGGAGGAAUUGAAGAGGAAGGGAAAAGAAGGCUGGAGGAAUUGAAGAGAAAGGGAAAACUAGGGGAAAAUUAGACCAGAGAAAUUGAAGAGGAAAGGAAAAGAAGUCUGGAGGAAUUGAAGAGGAAGAAAAAAUAAAUUCAGAGGGAAAAAGGUGAAUAAAAAAACAGGACUGAAGAAAAUAGGAAAGGAAUUUAAGAGGAGGAGAAAUUAAGAUAGGAAUAGACAAGGUAAAAAGAGUACAACCAGACAGAAAGAAGGAAAAUAAAACAAAUAAUUGCAGAAGACCAGAAGAGGAAUAGAAGAAGAGAAACAAACGUACAAUUCUAGAUUGCACUGUAAAGUGUCUAAAUAAUUUAUGAAUAUUUUCAUUUUGUAUUUGUGCGUGUAUGGACAUGUAUGUGUUAAACAGCUUAGAGUUUGAUGUUUUCGGAAUUGUGUUGUUCCUGUAUUUGUUUUACCAUGUGUUCGCAAAAUGUGUUGGGGAAGCAGCAGACUCGUCACACCAAGUAAACCUGAUGAAUUAUAUUUAUGACAGCGAGUCUGAGGAGAAGACUGCGAAAGGCAAGUCUCGUCGCAGACGUCCUCGUCGCAAGAAGAAACAAAAGCGUGAUGGUGAUUACACGAAAAAGGACGUGUUGAAUAUGAUAAAGCUGUUGCUAAAGUCGAAACUGGUUACCAAGGAAUAUCAGAAAUACAGUGAACUUCCGCCUGAGUUUGGUGUGGAGUAUUACAACCAGAAAUCUGACAUAACAUACUACCCGGAAGCCAAAACUCCACAAGGCAGGAAACCUUUACCUGAUCCCAUGACCAAAGUUAAGUAUCAGUUUCCAUCAAACAUUCACUACACCAGCACCGAGCGCCAAAGCACGUCUCCACCUGUUCAGCGAAAUAGCCCACCUCUACCUGUUCAGCGAAAUAGCCCACCACCACCUGUUCAGCGAAAUAGCCCACCUCCACAAAGGCCUGAACCUAAGAUUACAUACUACUUAGAAACUAAUGUUCAAGCUUAUCCAGAACUGGAGUUCCCAUCUAGCAUUGAUCCCCAACAACAGGAGCUGGAGAUCCAACGAAAUGGCCCACCUGAAUCCAAGCCUGAAUCCAAGAUUACAUACUAUUUAGAAUCUAAUGUUGAGGCUUAUCCGCAGAUAGGCUUCCCGUCUAGCAGUGAGCCCCUACCGGAGUCAGAGACCAAAAUCAAAUACCAGUCUCAACCUGAUAUUGAAUACCGUGAGCCUGGGCCAGAGAUACAGCGAAAUGGCCCACUCUUACAUAAGUCUGAAUCUAAGAUUACAUACCACUUAGAACCUGAUGUUAGCGCUUUUCCUGAGCUAGAGUUCCCAUCUAGCAGUGAGCCCCAACGGGAGCUAGAGAUCCAGCCCAAUGGCCCACUCCCAGAUUGGCCAGAGAUCCAGCGUACCAGCACACCUCCACAUAAGUCUGAGUCUAAGAUUACAUACUACUUAGAACCUAAUGUUGAGGCUCUUCCUGAAAUAGAGUUCCCCUCUAGCAGUGAGCCCCAACAGGAGCCAGAGAUCCAACGUGAUGGGCGUUCCCCAUAUAAGCCUGAAUCCAAGAUUACAUACACUUUAGAACCUGAUGUUGAGGCUUAUCCUGAGAUAGGCUUCCCGUCUAGCAGUGAGCCCCCACUGGAGACAGAGACCAAGAUCAAAUACCAGUCUCAACCUGAUAUUGAAUACCGUAAGCCUGGGCCAGAGGUCCAGCGAUAUGGCCCACCCCAACGUAAGCCUGAAUCCAAGAUUACAUACUAUUUAGAUUCUAAUCUUGAAGUUUAUCCUGAGAUAGCAUUCCCAUCUAGCAGUGAGUCCCCACUGGAGCCAGAGACCAAGAUCAAAUACCAAUCUCAACCUGAUAUUGAAUACCGGGAACCUGGGCCAGAGGUCCAUCAAAAUGGCCUACCCCCACGUAAGCCUGACCCUAAGAUUACAUACACCUUAGAACCUGAUGUUGAAGCUUAUCCUGAGAUAGCAUUCCCAUCUAGCAGUGAGCUCCCACUAGAGCCAGAAUCCAAGAUCAAAUACCAGUCUCAACCUGAUGUUCAAUACCGUGAGCCUGAGCCAGAGGUCCAGCGAAAUGGCCUACACCCACGUAAGCCUGACCCUAAGAUUACAUACACCUUAGAACCUGAUGUUGAAGCUUAUCCUGAACUAACAUUCCCAUCUAGCAGUGAGCCGCCACAAAAGCCAGAAUCCAAGAUCAAAUACCAGUCUCAACCUGAUAUUCAAUACCGUCAGCCUGAGCCAGAGGUCCAGCGAAAUGGCUUACCCCCACUUAAGCCUGACCCUAAGAUUACAUACAGCUUAGAACCUAAUGUUGAAGCUUAUCCUGAACUAGCAUUCCCAUCUAGCAGUGAGCCCCCACUGGAGCCAGAGACCAAGAUCAAAUACCAGUCUCAACCUGAUGUUCAAUACCAUGAGCCUGGGCCAGAGAUACAGCGUGAUGGCUUACCCCCACAUAAGCCUGAAUCCAAGAUCACAUACUAUUUAGAACCUGAUGUUGAGGCUUAUCCGCAGAUAGGCUUCCCGUCUAGCAGUGAGCCCCCACUGGAGCCAGAGAGCAAGAUCGAAUACCAGUCUCAACCUGAUAUUGAAUACUGUGAGCCUGGCUCACCCCCACGUAAGCCUGAAUCCAAGAUUUCAUACUAUUUAGAACCUGAUGUUGAGGCUUAUCCUGAGCUAGAGUUCCCAUCUAGCAGUGAGCUCCCUCAGAAGCCAGAGACCAAAAUCAAAUACCAGUCUGAACCUGAUAGUGAAUACAGUGAGCCUAGGCCAGAGAUCCAGCAUAGCGGCAAGUCCACACCUGAGCUCCGGCACCACAGAAUUCCCUCACCUGAGCCCAUACAGCAUGAUACUAAACCACAAGAACUCGCACCCAAGAUGUAUUUUCAGCCUGAAAUUGAGUAUGAUAUGCCACCGGCUCCAGAUGAACCCCUGGCCCAGCCUCAACAGGGGACUGGUGCUGAAGCUCAGCCUGUACCUAAUAAACCUCAGCUUGAGAUCAAGGACAAAAAGAAAACUGUGGUUAAGCCUGAUCUUGAACCUGAACAAGGACCCAAGAUGUAUUUUCAGCCUGAGAUUGAGUAUGAAAUGCCACCAGCCCCAGAUACACCCGUGACCCAGCCCCAGCCUCAACAGGGGACCAGUGCUGAACCUCAACCUGUGUCUGAGCCCCAGCUUGUGAGCAAGGACCCAAAAAAGACUGUGGUAAAACGCCAAUUUAAGCCUAAGCUAGAACCAGUAUCUGAGCCUAAGCUAGAACCAGUAUCUGAGCCUAAGCUAGAACCAGUAUCUGAGCCUAAGCUAGAACCAGUAUCUGAGCCUAAGCUAGAACCAGUAUCUGAGCCUAUUCUUGAACACGAACCUGAUCUUCAACCUGAGCCUGAGCCUGUUCUCCAGUCUCAGCCUCAGCCUGUUCUCCAGCCUAAGCUUGAGCCUGUGGUUCAACCAGAGCUUAAGCCUGUUGAGACUGAACCUGAGACUCAAUAUGAGAUUGAAAUGAAACCUCGGUCUGAGCCUGACCUUGAGCUGCCACAUAAAGUGUCUGAACCAGAGGCCAAACUGCAGACUGAGAUGGAGACUCAGACCGAUGUUGAACUUGAAUUUGAGCUUGGGCACCAUCAUGUGACCAAACUCCAGCUUGCAACUGACGCUGAGCAUCAGCAUGUGACCGAACUCCAGCUGAAGACAGCAUGUCAGCGUUUGAGCGAAUUCCAACUUGAGACUGACUGUGAGCACGUGACGGACCUCCAGCUUGAGUUUGUGUCUCAGCACUUGACCAAGCUGCAGAUUGUAACCGAAACCAAACACAAACACAUGACCAGCACUGACCACCGCCACGUGACUGAAGUCCAGCUCAAGAAUGUGACUCCACCACAAUCGCAUGAAGCCAAACCUGACUUUCAGCACAAGACUGAGCCUGAGUCUCGACAUUCUUCUGAGCCUGAGUAUAAUAACGUGACCAUAACCAAGUAUGAGCCGAAGACUGACAUUGACCAACUGCAUGAGCCCGAACCUCAUCAUCACGAACAUGAUCUUGAAGCUGAGCUUCUGCGCAUGCGUGAGCACCAGCAUGAGGCUGAUUCGGACACUGACAUCCACCUUAAAUUUAAGUCUUAUGCUGUGUGUGAUCACAUAACCAAGAUUGAGCUUGGAAGAGAUAGUGUGUACCAGUCUGAGCCUGAACUCUGGCACGCCCACAAACUGAAGUAUAACCGGACUGCAGCUAAGCCUCAGUGGCACGCCUCCGAGACCCUUCUUCGGCAACAUACUCAGCAUCGAUACAUACCUGAGAGGAAGUGUGAGCAUGGCAGUGAGAGUUGGCUCAAAACGGUAAAGAGUGACCUGCACGCGACCGGACUCCAGAUUGGGACUGAGUGCAAAGACGAGCAUGUGGCUCUGGUUGAGGGCUGCAUUAGGCCAGAAUACACGACUCAGUACAUGUGCAAAUCAGAUACUGAGAGCAGUGAUCAACUCAUGGCUGAGCUUCAGUUUGAGACGGAUACUGAGUCUGAGGCAUCGUAUCAUGUUGAGACCAAGACUUGGUGUGAAACCCUGGCUGAACUUCAGUUUGACACGGAAACUGAGUACGAGUUUGAGAGCGAGUAUGAGCUUGAGAGUGAGUGCAAGCCUGGGAGAGAAUAUCUGUUUAAGAGAGCUCCUCAAAUCGGGAUUAGGUACCCAUCUCUGGCCAAGCUCCAGUUUGAGAAGACUGACAAAGAAUGUGGGGGUGGGGGUGAAACUAAGCACCAGCAUGCAGUGAGCCUCCGGCCUGAAGUAGAGUCUAGGCCAUGUGGUAGUGUGACCACAUGCCAGGUCAAGAAUGAAACUAAGCAAUCUGAAGAGGCCAACGCUGAACUUGAGCAGAAAGGUAAAACUGACCAUCAGCAUACGGUUAAGCUACAGCCACACUGUAUGUCCGAUUUCCAGAUUGAAUCUGUGCCCAGUUCUCAUCUAUUUACUGAACUUCUCGCUGGAAGAGACACCGAGCAUUGGAAUAUGUCGAAUCUCAUGUCAGAAACCCAGACUGACCGUCAAUGUGGUACGGUCCAAUAUUUGCCUCAGUGCAAGACCAAGGACGACUCCUGUAGUGUAGCGCAAACUGACCAUCAACACAUCUCUCGGCCCCAGUUCAAAACUGACGACGUCAACCAUCAACACCCAUUCAAUCCCCGAGCUGAAACACGGGAUGACCAUGGACACGUCUCCGAUUCCGAAUUAGUAACAGACGUUGACCCUCCACACUUGACUGACUCCCAACAUGAAAUUCGAUGUCCAUUUGGGACAGCCCGGACUACAGACCAACCCAGGCCCAGUUAUCCACGUGUGUGUGAAGAAUCUAACCAAAACAAUGCCAACCGGUUCAUCCUAACAUUAAUAAUCCCCUAUUCGUAAUGAACUCCCUUCACACACACACACAAAGCAGCUCCAAUCUGACUAUAUUCCUUUGCUACCUGCAAAUUUUCAUCAUCAAGAUUGCCAACACUAUGCACAAUACAAGGAUAUUUAAAUAUCUCAUUGAAUUUUUCUGUGAAAUCUUAU